GUCCAUCGAGGCGAUGAUGAAUAUGAGCGAGACCUGGCCUCGAGGACCACCUGAUUGAUACGUUCUACGCCAACGCCGAGAUAAACAUUGUGGCGGUGGUGCCACGCAAGAUGUUCGACCGGCUCAGGCGCGAGGGCCGUGUGCCACAUCCAUGCUGAAUGUGAUGCUUGCCGAUGCCUGCCGGUUCUCGAACCACCCGUCGCUGGAGGGCACAGGCACCAACAAGAUGGGGGUGCGCAACCGGUUCAUUGAGCGAGCAUACAAGUCGCUGUUUGAGUGCCUCGAGUACGACUCGGUCGAGCACUGUGUAGCACUGCUGCUGUUUGCCAUGAUCAUCUCGCAGGCGGGCCUGAAUCGUGCGUGGAUUAUGCAUUCGCUCAGCUCGCAGAUGGCCAUCCGCCUGCGGUUCCACGCCCUGGACUCGCCCAUGAGCACGGCAAUGUUCCGCGACGACUCGCCGGUUGACCUCGAGUGGAAACGCCGCGUGUUCUGGCAACUGUACACGUACGAUGUCAUGACAUCGACGCUGAGCGAUCUUCCGCAGUGCCUGUCGAUUCACGACGUGCAGUGCAAUGCGCCGACGCCGCUCGAUGAAAACACUGCUUAAUAACGACAAGAGCGGGCUGGCGAUGCUGGGCCCGGCGCUGGUGAUGAGCGAUCGACCAGGACAUGAUUACGCAGCAAAUCGAUAUUCUGGCCAUCAUCUACGACAUCAGCAUAAUGCAGUGCCGUCUGAAUCCCGAGAAUGAGAUGUUCCCGGCCGAG